UUUCCUGUCUGUACCUUACGGAUUUUCGUUGUAGGGGACAAAGCUUUUGUUGAAUUCCUGAGUGAUGAAAUUAAGGAGGAGAAGAAGAUACAGAAGCAUAAGUCCCUCCCUAAGAUGUCUGGAGGUUGGGAUCUGGAAGUGAAUGGGACAGAAGCCAAAUUAGUGCGGAAUGUUGCUGGAGAGAAGAUCACUGUCACUUUCAACAUUAACAAUAGCAUCCCACCAACAUUUGAUGGGGAGGAGGAGUCCUCCCAAGGACAGAAGGCUGAAGAACAGGAGCCUGAACUGACGUCUACUCCCAAUUUCGUGGUUGAAGUUAUAAAGAGCGGUGGCAAGAAGGCCCUCGUGAUGGACUGUCACUAUCCAGAAGAUGAGGUUGGACAAGAAGAAGAGGGCGAGAGUGACAUUUUCUCCAUCAGGGAAGUGAGCUUUCAGUCCACUGGUGAAUCUGAAUGGAAGGACACAAAUUACACACUCAACACAGACUCCUUGGACUGGGCCUUAUAUGAUCACCUAAUGGAUUUCCUUGCUGACCGAGGGGUAGACAACACUUUUGCGGAUGAGUUGGUGGAGCUCAGCACAGCCCUGGAGCACCAGGAGUACAUUACUUUUCUGGAAGACCUCAAAGGUUUUGUCAAGAGCCAGUAGAGCAAGACAGGACGCUUUGCCAGUGAACAAAACCUACACUGAAGCCAAACAUGUACUUUGAAAUGGUUUUCAUCCUAAUAUCAUGGGAAAUAAUUCAAAUUUAAAUUAUUUGUUGCCCUCUUAUUUACUAUUCAUUUGUUUGUUCUUUACAAAUCUAUUGUUUCUAGAUUUUUGUAUAACAUGAUGAUGGACAAUAAAACUGAUUUAUCUCUAAAG